AUGACAAAGAGUAGCAAGGAUGACACAACAAAGGUACUUAAAAAAGGCCAGAAGGUGUCUUCUGGCGAACAAAAAAAGAGUGGAGGAAUGUCUGGGAUUGAUGUUUAUAUGAAGCAAUUCCCGGGUGCAUUACUACCCAAGACACAAAUAAUGGGUUGUGAGUAUCGACAAAAGUCAACCCAAAAAAAUAUGGGAAAACCUUUAUUAAGACUUCCAGAAGGUAUGGAACAUUCAAGCUCUAGUCUUAUCCGAAUUUGGAGACCAGCUUUAGUAGUGCACUGUAGAGAGAGAAGAAGACCAAAGCUAAAGGGGAACAACACUAACCCUGCAACAAAUUAUGACUACUAUAUUCACUGGGAAGGAACAGACCGCAGAUUGGAUUGCUGGCUAACAUGGGAGUCCUUGAGAGUAAUUCCAAAUGAAUACCUUCCUCUUUCACAUAGUAGGCCGAAACAUGAUCAUGACCAACAUUCAGAGGUUCCUGCCUCAAAUAGUGAACCCCCAAGGCCAAAAUUGACGGCUUCAGCUCUUUCUGUUGCAAAGGAUGAUAUAAUUAUUGGGGAGAUUCCUUACUAUCAUGACUUAGCGCAUGAAGGAAUGGAUGAAGAGUAUUUGAAGGAACAUGAAGAAUUAACUAAGGUAAAAACAAUUAGCAAAAUUGCUAUGGGACCUUUUGUGGUUGAUACUUGGUACUACUCUCCAUACCCUAAAGAAGUACAGAAUGUUGAAAUCCUAUAUAUAUGUGAGUUUUGUCUCUCGUUUUUUGCCCAUUCUGAAGAAUACACAAGACAUCAGAGAUACUGCACUAUGUUUUAUCCUCCUGGAAAUGAGCUUGUAAGACAAGGUGAACUUUCUAUGUUUGAAGUUGAUGGGAGGCUUGCCAGAGUAUAUUGCGAAAAUCUCUGCUUUCUCUCGAAGCUUUUCUUGGACCAUAAAACUCUUUACAACUCUGUACAUCUCUUUUUGUUUUAUGUCCUUACAGAGUGUGAUGAUAAAGGUUAUCACAUUGUUGGUUAUUUUUCAAAAGAAAAGUUUAGUAAGAACAAUCUUUCUUGUAUUAUGAUUCUUCCUCAGUAUCAGAGGAAGGGAUACGGAAAAUACCUAAUUAACUUUUCUUAUUGUCUUUCAAAUCUUGAACAAAAACCAGGGUCUCCAGAAAGACCAUUAUCAGAUCUUGGUAGAGUCUCUUAUAUUUCAUAUUGGGGUUAUAUUUUAUUAGAACUUUUAAUGGACGGCUCCCAGGACGUAAUUCUUUGGAAUAAGCCCCAAAAAGACCAGCCUCAGGAGAAGUCAUUAUUAAAACAAGCUGCGACAAUUCAAAACUUCCAGGAUGUGAUUCCCCAGACUCAAUCCACUCAAAGAACAACCAGAGCUUCAAAGCAAAAAGAAAAAAAGAUGAAUUUAGACACGAAUAAUGAUAGGUCUUCUUGUCCUUCCAUUGGAUGCUGCCCAAAUACCAAGUUUAUCACUGUCCAACAGCUUAGCGAGAUGACUAGAAUUGAAUGCAACGAUAUCCUUAUGACCUUUAAUGAACUUGGACUCUUAAGAUCACUCAGCAAUGGAGAAAGCUUCGUUUUCCUUCCCGUACAACUGAUUCCCCAGCUUCUCCAAAAAACUGGAAAACCUGCUACACAGAUGUACCUUUCGAAGAUCAACUACACUUCAUACGAAAACUUUUUGGCUCCUUUCGAAUGUAAUGCUAUCCAGUGA